CUAUCUGGAAUGGACAUAGCUUUGGGGGGACCACAGGGAUGCCAUCCCGAAGGGACUGGAGAGCUCUAGACACUUCCUUCUCCCCACCUUCCUGCCUAAGGGUUCGGGUUCUUUGCUCUGACAGGUCCGCUGGUGCCUUCUUUCUGAGAACCUUCUGGCCUUGACCAUCUGAGGUGGGGACCCAGCCCAGAAAAGGCUACUACUUCAGCCCUGCGAGUUCCUGUGCGCAUACCGGCACCCCUCCGGCUAUCGCCCGUCUUGGCGUCCGCGGAGCGCCCCCCGCAGCCCAGAUGCCCGCGCCUGGCCGGGGCCCCGGCGGGCCGCUGCUGAGCAUGCCCGGGCGCCGGGGGGCGCUGCGCGAGCCGGUUGACGCUGGCUCCAGCCUCGGGGCGGCGCUGGCCCUGCUGUUGCUGCUGCUGCCAGCCUGCUGCCCGGUCAAGGCUCAGAACGACACGGAGCCCAUCGUGCUAGAGGGCAAGUGCCUGGUGGUGUGCGACUCAAGCCCGUCCGGGGACGGCGCUGUAACCUCUUCCUUGGGCAUUUCUGUGCGCUCAGGCAGUGCUAAGGUGGCCUUCUCUGCUACUCGGAGCACCAACCACGAGCCCUCAGAGAUGAGCAACCGUACUAUGACCAUCUACUUCGAUCAGGUGUUAGUGAACAUUGGCAACCACUUUGACCUUGCCUCCAGUAUAUUUGUAGCACCAAGAAAGGGAAUUUAUAGCUUCAGCUUCCACGUGGUCAAAGUGUACAACAGACAAACAAUCCAGGUCAGUUUAAUGCAGAAUGGCUACCCGGUGAUCUCAGCUUUUGCUGGAGACCAGGAUGUGACCAGGGAAGCGGCCAGCAAUGGUGUUCUGCUGCUCAUGGAAAGAGAAGACAAAGUUCAUCUCAAACUGGAGAGAGGCAACCUCAUGGGAGGCUGGAAAUAUUCCACGUUCUCGGGCUUCUUGGUUUUUCCUCUAUAGACUCAGUGCCACCAGGAUGGUGGGAAGGUUUUGAUCAGGACCCAGGGAUUGUCCUCUGUAACACCUUGGACUUGUCUGAAUAGGGUGGCUUGCGCCCACCUCUAUCAGAUUAAUGCCGGUAGAAGAGUGAUUUUCUUCUAAAGAUCCAGUAUUUUCUUUGACUAUUGACAAUUCCUCGGGAAACAUGGCCUCUAAUUAGUUUUAGACGACAAGGUCUUAAGGAGAAAUGAAAUUAUCAAUUUGAGCAAUUUGUACCUGUGAUUGUAAAGUCGAUAUUGGAUUUUAUUGUUGGAACCAUUGACUUACCUUCUAUUGUUUGUACGUUGUAUCCUUGUCCUGAUGACAUAGAUGCUGCUGACCCUCAGAUGGAUUGCACGCUGCAGUCAGGGCU